GUUGCUCUCAAACGUUGAUUUACUGAUCGAAACACCCUGUUCGCUAAAGAAAGCCAGUGUGUGUCAUUUACAGCUAUUAUCCUGAAGGAAUAUCAGCACGGAUUCAAAAAUGUAUUCCAAGAGCCGAUUAAACGUCAUUACCACGAUAUUUCUCGCAACUUUGAUUCUUUUGGCUUACCUUCAUGAAGCUGAAGGGCAAUUGAACUUUUCAACAGGUUGGGGAAAAAGAAAUCAAAAUAUACAAACUGCUAAUUCAAAUAAUCCGAGGUGUUUACCACAACAAGCAAGACCGUCAUUGGAACAAUUGCUUAAUUUGUAUAAUUUUAUUCUGAUCGAAGCACAAAAAAUCGUAGAUUGUCAAAAAUUAAACAAAUGAAAAGACGUUCAUCUGACCAACGAGACAUCAUGUACACUAGGAUCAUUCGGAUAUUAUAAUAAUUAGAGAUAUCUAAGUUAUAUAUAAAAAAAAGAAAUAAAAAUUCUCCAAUGUAAAUUGUCGAAGAAACAACUAUCGAAAGAUAUCAAAUAAAAAAAAAA